AUGAGUGCUCCGAAUGCUCUGCGAGGUCCCUCGAGACUCCUCGGACCGCUGCUACGAGUGCCCAAGUCAGUCCUUGCCCAGCAAUGGGUCUGUCGACGCUGCGCCUCGACUGCCGCUCUGCAGACGUCUCUCGCCGGCGUCAAGAGUCAAGCCACGCAAUGGCCGCUCGACCGACGGUGGCAGCAGCGCCGAGGUGCUGCAGGAGCAGCUGCGGCUAUGCUUGAAGAGGCUCAAGACGAUCCUGACUCCCUCUCUGUCAAGACCAUCAUCGACAAUCUCACUCCAGAGGAGGCGUAUCGCCUUUCAAAAGUCAGGAACAUUGGUAUCGCGGCGCACAUCGACUCCGGGAAAACAACUGUGACCGAACGAGUCCUAUACUACACAGGGCGCAUAAAGGCCAUUCACGAAGUCCGUGGCAAAGACGCGGUUGGUGCUAAGAUGGAUUCGAUGGACCUGGAAAGAGAAAAGGGCAUUACCAUUCAAUCCGCCGCAACCUUCUGCGACUGGGUGAAGAAGGAGGAGGGGAAAGAGGAGACAUACCACAUCAACUUGAUCGACACCCCUGGGCACAUCGACUUCACCAUCGAGGUAGAGCGAGCUCUCCGGGUCCUUGAUGGUGCUGUCAUGAUCUUGUGCGCUGUUUCCGGUGUCCAGAGUCAGACCAUGACGGUCGAUCGGCAGAUGAGAAGAUACAAUGUGCCCAGGAUCAGCUUCAUUAACAAGAUGGACCGAAUGGGUGCCAACCCUUUCAAGGCGGUCGACCAGAUCAACAAAAAACUCAAACUUGCUGCCGCGGCCGUGCAGGUUCCUGUGGGGGCUGAGGACGAGUUCCGCGGAUUGGUGGACCUGGUCACGAUGAAAACAUAUUAUGCCGAAGGUGAAAACGGGGAGAUUCUUGUCACCAAAGAUGAGAUCCCAAGCGAAGUCCAGCAACUCGUACAAGAGCGAAGGGCAAUGCUCAUCGAAACCCUGGCCGAUGUGGACGAAGAAAUGGCCAAUCUCUUUUUGGACGAGCAGGAACCCACGGUUGAACAGCUGAAAGCGGCCAUUCGGCGUGCGACGAUUGCCCUCAAGUUUACGCCUGUCUUCAUGGGAUCUGCCCUGGCCAACAAAUUCGUCCAACCCAUGCUGGACGGAGUAUGCGAUUACCUGCCCAAUCCGUCGGAAGUGUCCAAUACUGCUCUGGAUCGUCGACAAGCAGAAGCCCCCGUCAAGCUGGUACCGUACAAUUCGCUCCCGUUUGUGGGACUGGCUUUCAAGCUGGAAGAAUCGAAUUUCGGUCAGCUUACUUACAUUCGAGUAUACCAAGGUAAAUUGAAGAAAGGACUGAACGUUUUCAAUGCGCGGACAGACAAGAAGGUCAAGAUCCCUCGGAUCGUGCGGAUGCAUUCCAAUGAAAUGGAAGAAGUGUCUGAAAUCGGUGCGGGUGAAAUCUGCGCCGUGUUUGGAAUCGACUGCGCCUCUGGAGACACCUUUACCGACGGUCAAUUGGGCUACAGCAUGAGCAGCAUGUUCGUCCCCGAACCGGUCAUCUCUCUCAGCAUCAAGCCUAAAAACAACAAAGACUUGCCCAACUUCUCAAAGGCCAUUGCACGGUUUCAGCGCGAAGAUCCCACAUUCAGAGUGCAUUUUGACACCGAGAGCGAGCAGACCAUCAUUUCCGGCAUGGGUGAGCUGCAUCUGGAAGUCUACGUGGAGCGGAUGCGGCGAGAGUACAAGGUCGACUGCGAAACCGGUCCACCCCAAGUUGCGUAUCGUGAAACCAUUACGAAGAAAGUCGACUUCAAUCAUCUUCUCAAGAAACAAACUGGUGGUGCUGGUGAUUACGCCCGUGUCGCCGGUUGGAUGGAGCCCAAGGGUAAUCUGGAAGGCAACCACUUCGAAGAACAGGUUGUGGGCGGCGCCAUUUCCGAAAAGUUCUUGUUUGCUUGCGAAAAGGGAUUCCAUCUUUCUUGCGAGAAGGGUCCCUUGAUCGGUCAUAAAGUCCUGGGUGCGUCGAUGGUGGUCAACGAUGGUGCGACCCACAUGACAGAUUCGAGUGAAAUGUCCUUCAAGAAUGCCACGCAACAAGCGUUCCGGCAGGCCUUCAUGCAGGCAGACCCUAUUGUCCUGGAACCACUCAUGAAAACCGUGGUCACGGCUCCGACCGAGUUCCAAGGCAACGUGGUGGGGCUUCUCCAGAAACGCAAUGCCGUGAUCAACGAUACCGAAGUCGGUGUGGAUGAUUUUACGGUCUGGGCGGAUGCCAGUCUGCAGGGUAUGUUUGGGUUCAGCGGCAAUCUGCGGGCCGCCACUCAAGGCAAAGGCGAGUUCAGCAUGGAGUUUAGUCACUAUGAACGAGCGCCCGCACAACUUCAAAAGGAGCUGGUGUCGGCCUACGUCAAGUCUCAAACCGACAGAAAUAAGAAGUAA